ACUGUUUUUACACAGAGAAAACGAGUAUUUAAUUGAACCAGAAUCCAAAUCCUGUUUGUCUGACUUUGGUGGAAAUAUAAAAUACAGGGUUUUACGAUUGGAUCAGCCACAACAUACUUUUUUGGAUCCAAUACAGCCAAGCAUGAACCUAGAAAGAUGGCGUCAUAACACAAGAAAAAGACUAAGGCAUAGGAGACAAAUAAACGACUAUAAAAUAGAGAUGUUCUUUAUCAUUGAUUAUGCCGUUUAUAAAUACUGGUAUACACAGAGCAGAGCAGCUGAUAUGAGACAGAGAGACGCGGAAGCUAAGAAUAACAUCAGACAAUUCUACACUUUUGUAAUCAAUGGGAUGGACGUUCGCUAUAAAAAUAUCCAAACUUCUGCGUUCAAAAUAUCAAUUUUAUUUUCUGGUAUUUAUAUCGCUGAUACUCCAUCAAAAUCGCAGUUUAUAGAAAAACUUAAAGCUAAUUCAGCAUCCGGGUAUCAAGUAGACUCCAAUGCAGCUCUAAAAGCUGUGACGUCAUGGGUUAAAGGAACCCCUGGUCUGCCUAAUUACGACCAUGCUAUGAUGUUUACAAGAUACGAUUUCACCAGUACUGGAUCAUCAGAUACUACAGGACUUGCGUGGUUAGGAACUUUAUGUACAGACCAAGCUGUUUCGGUGGUAGAGGACCACUUUAAUUUCAAUGUUAUUACUGUGGCAGCACAUGAAUUAGGACACGGAUUGAGUGCAAAGCAUGACGGAAGCGGAAAUUCCUGCAAUAGUGACGAUGCCUUCGUCAUGGCCCCCAGUACAAUUCCUGUGGAUAACCAAAAUCCCUGGAAAUUUUCCGCUUGUUCCACCUAUUACUUUACUAAUUAUAUCAACAAACUUAACCGGGACAAUAAUAAUUGUAUGACUGUCUUAAGUCAAGACUUCGACCCUGACGCAUUAAAACAAUACACAGCACUUCCUGGUGAGAUAUAUGACGCAGACGCACAGUGCCGACAUAUUGUUGGUCCAAAUUCUGGAUUUUGUAAGAGCAUUUACAGACAAAACUUUAUGUCUGUGUGCACAAAAUUAUGGUGUACAAGGGGUGACGGAAGUAAUGGGUGUGUCUCCGCAGUAGCGGGAGACGGGAUUCAAUGUGGCAACAAAAAGUGGUGUAUUUCUGGUGUCUGUAAAUAUGAUGAGUGUGCGCCACCAGGUGACGAAUCUUGUUUGUAUGGAGAUAGAGAAGGUGUAGCAAUCACUUAUAAUGGAGUCGAUGUCACAUGUUCAUUUGAAGACAUAAAGAAAAAUCCAGCUGUUUGCUACUCAGUCAAUACUACUUGUUGUCGACAAUGCAGAAACUUUUAUACUGGUAUAAUAGGCUGUGAAUAUGGAGACAGAGCAACAGGCUGCUCUAAGUCCCAUUGUCCGGGGAACCCAAGUCUUUGUUGUGGAACAUGUUACAAUGGAACAUUAAGUACACCGUCUUAUCAGCCAACAACACAAAAAAAUCUUAAUCUUUGUAAAAUGAAAGCUACAACGCCAUCUACGACAAGUAAUAUAGAAGGAUACAGAAAUUACCUUAUUUAUGGUGGUGCAGUUGCUGUCAAUCUGGUUCUUCUUAUUGUAAUCUGUAUCUGCGGUCUUUAUCAUAAGCGAAAGCAGAAACAUAAAAGUGUUCCAAAUUCCAAACUCAGUGGAUUUACAAAUCGUGCCAUGGAAUAUAUGUGAAGACAUAAAUAUUCGGGACCAGAGCCUGACGCAAAAUAAUUGACUUUGAUGGGAAGACAAAUAAAAAUUCCUUCAUGGGUUAAAAUUUUGAAUAUUGAAUAUAAAAUAUUGAAGAUCUCAGAAAUUGUAUCGUUAACAUAGUAGAUAUUUCAUUGUAUUUAAAUUAAA